AUGAAGAUCGUGGCAUUAAUCAGUGGCGGAAAAGACAGUUGCUAUAAUAUGAUGCAAUGUGUAGCCAAUGGUCAUGAGAUCGUUGCACUCGCGAAUUUAAGGCCUCCAAAUCAAUCAGGCAAAGAUGAGUUGGAUAGUUUCAUGUACCAGACAGUAGGCCAUGAUGCCAUUCAUUAUUAUUCAGAAUGUAUGGAUCUGCCGUUAUAUAGAAGAGAAAUUUUGGGUGGAUCAAUCCUUCAAGGAUCUGACUAUACUGUUACAGCUAACGAUGAAACAGAAGAUCUAUUUAUGCUGCUGUCUGAAGUAUUGGAAAAUCACCCAGAUGUCAAGGGUGUUUCAGUAGGCGCUAUCCUAUCUAAUUAUCAGCGAGUGCGAGUGGAGCAUGUCUGCAAUCGACUAGGCCUUACUUCCUUUGCUUAUUUAUGGAGAAGAGAUCAAAAAGAGCUUUUAUAUGAAAUGGCCAAUGCAGGAGUGAAUGCUAUCCUUAUCAAGGUGGCUGCUAUUGGAUUAAAACCAAUGCAUUUAGGAAAAUCAAUUGGACAAAUGUACCCUUUUUUGUGUAAGAUGAAUGACAUGUAUGAUUUACAUAUCUGUGGUGAAGGAGGCGAAUAUGAGACAUUCACCAUUGAUUGUCCUUUAUUCAAAAAGCGUAUUGUUGUAGAUGAAACUGAGACUAUAAUUCACUCAGACGAUGCAUUUGCUCAAGUCGCUUAUUUGAAAUUCAAAAAAUGCUCUGUAAUCCAAAAGACUUCCGAAGAAACGGACAUGUGUAACACUGUCAUUCAAGACUGGAAGAAUUGGGAUUUAUACCAAGACAUCAUCACUUGCGUUGAUAAUCAAGAUACGUCAAUUAUUCAGCCAGAGUUAAAGACAGUUUGCUUGGAAAAUAUCAAACGUGAGCAGUGUGCAACUACUGACCUUUUCCCGUUUGUUGCUAUCUCCGGAACCACUGCAUAUGAAACACAAAAUAGUUUUGACAGCAUUGAAGAGGAGACAGAAGCAUGCAUGAAAGCAGUACAAGAAAAGCUAGCACAAAGAGAUUUGAGUUGGAAAGAUGUGGUCACAGUCAAUGUGCUAGUACGAGAUAUGAAUGAUUUUGGUCGAAUCAAUGCUAUCUACAAAAAUUUUUUUGAUAUCAAUCCUUCUCCAAGAGCCCUUAUAGGUGCACACUUGAAAAGUCCCUGUAACCUUAAAAUUGAUGUCGUUGCAAUCAAAGCACAAGAUAACGUCAAAAGAGAUACGAUGCAUGUACAAGGUAUUUCUUAUUGGGCACCAGCUAAUAUUGGACCUUAUUCUCAGAGUGUGAUUACUCAAGGGCAUGCAUUUAUUGCUGGCCAAAUUGGCCUUGUGCCCAACACUUUAGAACUACCAUCUCCCAAGUCAUUUGCGGAUGAAGCCGCUCUAUCUUUAAGAAACCUAGAAACUAUUGCUUCUGUACUUGGAUUGCCUUUAAAAUCGCACGUGGCUCUUUGUUAUUGCUAUGUUAGCAGUCCUAAUUAUUUACCCUUAGCUGAAGCUACCUGGAAUACAUACAUGAACAACCAAACACCGCCUACUGUUUAUGCCGCAGUUCCGGCACUUCCCAAAGGGGCUAUGGUAGAAUGGCAAGUUGUCCUAAGUGCUCCUCUGCCUGUCUCGGACAGUGAUGAUUCAGAUGAAGAAGGCAUAAACAAAUUAGACUCGCUUAAUUUGACACAAGAACCCUUUAAUACGAACACAGGCUCACGAGUAUCUAUAAGAAAACAAAUGACAACGAUUGUUGCACAAUUAACAGGCACCAAAGAUGUGUUUACAGAUAUAGUCUCUUCGCUCAGCAAAUCCCUUGAACAAUCUGGAAAGAGGUGGAAAGAUGUCCUUUCGGUUCGAGUUUACUAUUGCAACACGCUCUUUUUGGAUGACACGAUUGCCACAAACUAUUUAGUGUCCGAACUUGCGAAAAUAACGGAAACCGUUCCUUCUAUCACUAGUGUAGCUGUUGAUGCCUUGGGUUCCCAUGCAAACAGUGUCCUAGCUUGUUCUAUGCACAUCUUGUAG